AUGUCCGACGAAGAGGUCAAGGCAUACAAGGACGUCUUUGCUCUGUUCGACAAAGAUGGAAGUGGCACGAUCACGGCGCAUGAACUCGGUGAGAUCAUGAAGUCACUUGGCCAGAACCCCUCCGACUCGGAGUUGCAGGAUAUGGUAAGAUCGCCCAUGUCUCUGGUUGCAAAGGUCGGUAUGGACUUUGGUCAACCCAUUAAUCCGUCGCACUGCAGAUCAACGAGGUCGACGUCGAUCGCUCCGGCAGCAUAG